AUGAAAAUUUGGAUUCUGAUAGCUGGAGCAAUAAUUUCUUAUCUGAUAAAAGUGAUUAUCGGGUUCUUUGAUGCUUUUAAGAGUGUUCCUAUUGUAAAUACAUACUCGCAUUGCCAACAUUUGAGCACAGAUAUUUUAGGACCAGAAGACAUGCAAAAAUUCAACUCAACAACAAUAAUUGUUGGAUCUGGUGACUAUCAUAAGUUGUGGUCCCUUGGAAAACCCGUUCUAGAGCAUUUAGGAUUAUAUGCAAUAGUGGAUUCAUAAGAAUAGGCACCAAAAGUUGUGAAAUUAGGAAUUAAGAAUUUUCCAAAUGAUAUUUCUUUAUAUGUACAUGGAAUUGAUAUUAGAGAAUAAUUAGAUGGAGUCUAUAUUUAUGCAAUUAAUCAUGCAUAUUAAAAUGGAGGAGAAAGAGUAGAAGUCUUCAAAAUAUUAGAUGAGCACCUCAAUCUUGAGUAUAGGCAUUCAAUCAUAAUGGACGACAAAUACAAUGGAAUAUUAAAUGAUUUGAUAUUGAUCGAAGACAAUCGUUUUUUAAUCACUAAGUAUAUGCCAUACACAGAUCCAAAGGAAGGAAGACAUUAAAUUACUCCAUUACAUUUAUUAAAAACAGUAUUUUUGUGGGUAAGUCAAUAAAGAACUUCAUACAUUGUAGAUUGCAAAUUUGAAAAAGAAGGCACAAUAAUAAAACCAAAUUGCAAAGAACUGCUUGAUGUUCCUUUGACUGGAGUUGUUUUGAAUGGAAUCACAUGGGAUAGAAAGAAUCGAGUUUGGGCAGGUGAUACAAUUGCAAAAUAAUUAAAUGAAUAUGAAAUAACACCAUAAGGUCUUGUAUUCAAGAGAUUUAUUGAUAUUGAAAAUUCAAUUGAUAAUUUGGAAUAUGAUGUUGAUAGAAAUUCUCUCAUUUUAGGGUUGAUUCCAAAAUUACACAAUUAUUUUUCGUUAGAUGCAUUCUUAAAAGGAAUUAAUAGAUUAGAAAAGGACACAAAAUUUGAAUAUUGGGGAACUGUUGCAGAAUAUAACCUCACCUCAAACUAACUGAUUUAUCUUGCUUAAAAUACAGAAUUACCAAAAGGAGUAUCUGGAGCAUUAAUAAGUGGAAACAAUUUGAUUGUGGCAAGUUGGUGCGAUUUUACAGUAACUGUUUGCAAGAAGCAAUGA